GAUUAAAAUUCAUAAUUGUAGUGUGUAAAACAUCAACUCAUCGUCGACCUUAAUACUUCAACACAUCUACCAUUUUAUACCACAAAAAUGUUCGGGGGACCACCACCACCACCAUCGGCAGCCGAGCUUAAGGCUCAAGAGGAAGAAGCUACCCUCACCGUGCAACGAGUCAUUACAUGGUCUAUUCUUCUUUAUCUUUCACCUUUCGCCGUCAAGAGCAUUCAAAACCUCAUCUAGGAUUGCAAACGAAUAAUGCAUCAUGACCUGUACAACAUAAGCGCAUGAGAAGAUCGAGGAGGUGUACAAUAGGAUGGAAAUAUGCAUGGAUAUAAUGUGCAAACGCUGCAUAUAUGAAUUGCUGGCAUUAUCACAUAUAUCUCUUUCGUGCUAGAGAGUAAAAAUCGCGAGGAUCGAGAGGGGAUCAUAAAUAUACUCUGGAGAGCUCUAGAAACGUAACUCCGCUCUUCAAGGCAUUGCAGCCAAAGAUAAAAGAGGCUAUCAAAACGAAGUUACACAUGAACAAAAACGCUUUUUGUAAUAUCCGGAAUACUGCUAC